CGAGCCAGUGAACAUUAAGCGGAGCACACCAAAAUCCCAAACAAGGAAAUGACGUAUUUAUGGGUUAAAAUGGAUUACGACUUCAAAACAAAGCUGGCAGCCGAGAGGGAGAGAGUGGAAGAUCUGUUCGAAUAUGAAGGUUGCAAAGUGGGUCGAGGCACGUACGGGCACGUUUAUAAAGCUAAGCGCAAAGACGGGAAAGAUGAGAAGGAAUAUGCACUGAAACAAAUUGAAGGCACUGGAAUCUCUAUGUCGGCCUGCAGAGAAAUUGCUUGAUACAGCCACCAGAAUUUGGUUUCCCUCGAAAACAUCUCUGAGGCUCAGACAGCUGAACAGAAAGGCCUUUGUGGCUCCCAGACCGCCUCCACGCUUCGUUUGGCAAACAGGCUCGUUCAGCAGGGUUUGGCUGGGAUGGGUGGAGAGAGGCUGCUUUGGCUGCGCUGUGUUUCCAGCUUUGCAGAAGAGCUGGUACGAGUAGUUUUUUCCAUAUAGAUGUCCUUCCUCAGGAUGUGAAAGUUCAGCAGCAGAGGGUGUUAUCCAUGCUUAGUUAAUCUGAUCUUCAGAUUACCUAUUGGGAGCUUCAGCUGAGGGUAGAGAGGAGGUUGAUUUCUCUGACUUUCCGAAAGUAAAGAUUAAUUUUCCA